GCGACGGUCGCUGCGCGCAGUCCCAGACGCCUGCGGAAGUUGGCGCCGGCUUCACCUGGCCGGGUGUGCGGCCCGGGGUUGGAGGGAAUGACCCGGAGUGUCUUCUGUGCCGCAGAGAGUUGUUAUCUUUGGUGACUACUCCAGCCUCACUUUACAAAUUGGAAAGUGAGCGGGUGAGAGAGGAGAUGCUAAAGUUAUCCAGCAACCAGGACCCGGGUUGCUUCUAGGCUGUUAAAAGGUCAGAGGUCUGCAGGAGGAGGGAAAGCGGUUGUUAAGUGUGCUGAAGAGGGUUCUACGCUUGAUCUUAGCCAAAAGGGCGAGAAACAAUGCUGACGUCAGCUUUGCUAACUCUAAGAAGCACCACCAAAACCGCAUUUCUCCCAAGAGCUCAGUCCUGUGCAUCCAGGAGGUGCCUUGCCACUGUGGAGGGCUUAGCUGAGUUCUGGAGGCACAUUGCUCUCACCCUAGCCCAGUGCUUCUCAACCUUCGUAAUGCUGCAACCCUUUAAUACAGUUCUUUGUGUUGUGAUGACUCCCAACCAUAAAUUUAUUUUUGUUGCUACUUCAUAACUGUAGUUUUGCUACUUAUAAAUCCUAUUGUAAAUAACUGUGUCUUCUAAUGGUCUUAGACAAUCCCUUGUGAAAAGAGUCGAUUGAGAAACCCUUAGUGGGUUUGAUUCGUUUGAUACCAUUCCAUCAUGCCGACCCUUUGCUGGCCCCACAAGUGUGGCUAGUUUUGGCUUUCUAACUGUUACUCCACAGGAGUGAGUGAGUGCCUUUGUGUUUGAAGAGGCUAACCUGGUCUGGUACUGCUGGGGAGAGGGGACACUCUUGUGAGUACCUUCUGCUUACUGGUCUGGAGAAGUAGGUGUCACCAGCAAAGAGAGGUGGAUGGCCUUGCCUGAGGUUAUCCCAUGGCCCUGGGGUAGCCUGAAGCCCUGCUGAGUUUGCAAACAAAAGGCUAAUUGCAUAGGAAUCUCUGGAGAAAGUCUGAUAGUCCGGUAUCUCACUUGUCCCUUGCCCUGCCUGGCUUCAGGGAAGAUCUAGUCCUUGCAGUGUGUCUUUUGCACCCAGCUUCCAAGCGUGUGCCCCCGUGCCUCAGUUCCCAUAUGAGAUAAAAGGUGAGUGCUGUAUUCCUGCCUCUAGGCUAUGGACAGGGUUAGCGGAGAACCUGGAGAGAGAGCCCUUGUUCUUGAGUAAUAAUCUGUGGGACUUCCUUAGCCUGUGGCCGGUCUUGUUUGCUUAAUGGGCUGGGAAGGGAAGGGAAAAGAAGGGGCCUGAAGCUGUGUGGAGAUAGUUUGGUGUUGUCCAGAGAUAACUGGGAGAUAAAGCAAUAGCGAUGUGUGGUUCCCACAAUCUGUAGAAUGGGCCCGUUGUUAAGUAGGCCAGAGGUAUUGUGGAGGUCUGUGUUCUCCUGUGGGUCGGACUCAGGGCAGGACUAAGAGUGUUGUCAUCCCUCGAACCCCCACUCAUCCCUGGUCUUCUAUCUAGACUGGAUAGAGUGUUUGGCUCUGUUCCCAGGGCAGCUCCUGAACUCGUUAGUCCGGGAGGUUUUCCAGGAACACAGGGUUCCAGUGGCUGGAAGCCACCUCCUGCUAACCGCAGAAGGGACCUUGACAAGUACAAGGAGAGGAGGUCAAUGAAUAGGUGCAGGUGGGCCUUUUUGGAUGUGUUCUCAGCUUCAAUCCCUGCAGCCUGCUGUGCCCAUUACUACACAGGAGAAACUAAGGCCUAGUGAUGGCCUGUGUGAGUCAGCAUGACAUCCCCUUCCCUUGCCAUAUACACCCCAGAAGAUUCAGAGAUACAUUUUCCUUGGUUAGAGUAAUAUCUGUUAUGCCACAGAAAGAGAACACAUUGUCUCAUGGUAUGGAGCCCCGCCUAGAUGGCCCAUGGUGUCUGGGGCAUAGGAAGAUGGGCCCAGAGAGAACAGACGACCGCCCUGAGGACACUAAGCCAGGCUAUGGGCCUUACAUACUCAGUAUUAGGACCUCACAUGGUCCUGGCUGCUGGUGUCCAGGGGUCCUGCUGUCAGAGCGUCUGUGUAUGCAUAUUUCAGUCACCUUUAAGAAGUUUGAAUCCCAUCCCCUCCCACCCCUGCCUCACAAUUCACACUUGGCAUUUGGAGAGAUGCAGACCCAGAGAAAAUUAUGUAAGGACUUGCUGGCACAUGAGAACACAGGCCUGGCUACCAAAGUCCUGGUGAGGCUCUGCCCAGAGGCCUGCCUUCCCUUUCACUGUACUCACACAACCUCUGCCAGCAUAAAAGGGAAUGAAUGUAUUAAAAAGGUCAGGGUGAGGGGACCAUGGGCCUCAAGAAGGACAGAAGAUGCUGGCCCUGCCUGUGGUCCAAGGUUCCAGAUAAAAGAUUAACAAACAAGACUUGUUCCCAAGGCAUCCAGCUGGCCUCAAGGACUGGGGGAGGAGAUCUGAGGCCCUCCCAGAUCUAGCUAUAGGCACCUCGGGGUGGCAGGGCCUGGGAACAGAGCUACUGCAGGUGGACUGGGUUGAAAGGUCAGAUGGGACAGCUGGAGACCCUCAUGGGCUGGCCUUGCUGUGCCCACCUGCCCUUCACUCCAUCCCCUAAGCCUGGAGGGCCAGACUGGAACAUGUGUGAUUUUCGCAUGAGCAUUAAUGCCAUUUCAUUUUAGUUCUCUGUUGCUUUUCACUCUCUUGAAGAUUUACUUCUACAAAAAGCGGCCUGAAGGGUUCCCAAAGUAAAAUCUGUACCAGUGCCAUGCCCAGAGGGUGGAGGGUCAGAUGCAUGGACACAGUGAAGGACUGGGAGAUAUGCAGUGACCAGUGUCCAGAGGCCGUGCACAGAGAGGGCUCAAAGCAUUUGUCAGCUCAGCCAAGUGUCUUCCUAGGAACCCAGGGUGUCUUCUAGUUCAGUUAGGAAAUGUGCCUGCUGGGUCUGGUUCUGGAGGGGCAGAUGGGGCUUGAUUCUUAGAUGCCGGGCAUGGGGAGAGUCUGUGAGGUGUCGGAUAUUCUUGGGAAUAGCUGUGGAUCUGUAAGUUGAGUUGGGGAGGGCGUCUCUCUUUCUCUGAGCAAGUACCUUUUUGUUCAUUCCUUUAGUUCUUGAAACAAGGUUUCUCUGUGAGGUCCUGGCUGUCCCAGGACUCACUCUGUAGACCAGGCUGGUCUCUUAACUCAGAGAUCCACCUGCCUCUGCCUCUCUGGCAGUUGUGUGCCUGGAAGAGGUCUCCAUGUGUGGCUCACAACGACCUUGAACUCACUAUCUUGUUUCACCCUCCUGAGUAUCUGCGCCGGUACACCCAGGGGUUGCGGGCUUCAUAGACAGCCCAUCUCUGCCUGCCUGGCGCUUUCCAUACAUUUAUUUUCAGGCUGAGGAAGGCUGGGUGCCCGCCUUCAUGUUUGCCUUGACCCAGUCUGUGGGCCUCAAGCCUCCUUCUCUAAAAGAUGUGUUCAUCCCAGAGUAGAAUUUACUGGCCUUGCAGGCCCAGGGAUGGGUGAAAGAGACCCAGUGGGGUCUGGGGAAGGAGGUUCCUUGGGCUGUGAACUUGGAGAGAGAGAGAGAGAGAGAGAGAGAGAGAGUAAAGUACUGCCAGCCUGGCCUGGCGUGUUUGAGAUACUGCUUAAAGUCCUGAGGGAUGUAGUUCAGUUGGUGGAGUACUUCCCUGGCAUGCAUGAUACCCUGGAUCACAUCCCUGGCAUGGUAUAGACCUACUGUGGGAGCACACAAUAAUCCUCUCACUGGGAACGUGGAGGGAGACAGGAGGAUUAGGGGUUGAUUCAAGGUAGUCUAGAGAGUACAUGAGACUCUGGCUCAAGGUCUACCAAGGCACUAAUUCUGUGACCAGCCCUGCCUCUGUGUCACUACCACACAGCCCCACCCUCCCUGUGACCCAGUAAGGCAGAAACCCAUUUUGCAGAUGGGGAAAUCUGCGGUCAGUGUGAAAUGUGGGCUGAAACUUGCUGCUGGAUCAGCCCCAGGAGCCCGUGUGUUUACCUCUGCUCUCAUAACAGGGGAAAAGUCUGGGGGCUUGGGUUGGAAAGACCGGGCUACUCCCAGUUGGGGCCACUCUCUCAAGGCGUCCUUCAGCUCAGUUUAGAGGAAGUUGGGCGUCCCUGACUGGAAGUCUCCUUGAGUAACACAAGGAGGAAGGGCUCACCCCCAUUGUCCACCUCUUUCCUUUGACCAAACUUCUUUAUUUACCUUGUAAUAGAAGAAUAGUAGUUGGCAGCUGGGGCUCUACACCCUGUGAGUCCUCUAGAUUGCUGGCUAGAAAUGCCAUGUUUGGGACCAGGGCAGCAAUUGAAGCCCCUCUGUCCCAAGUCUCUCCCAGUCUACCUAACCAGGCUGUUCUUUCCACCCUGAUGUCUUCCAGAUCUGUUCUGGGGGCUGCCAUCCCUCUCUGUGUUGGGCUUGCACUACAAAUGCUCCAUGUGUCUAUUUAGCUCUUUAAUUUGCCAAAAACUCCUGGGCUUCUGACAGCCAGUGUGGCAGGGCUGGCUGGUCCUCUUUUCCCUGGUGGUUGGUCGGUGGCUUUACCCUUCACCCCCCACAGUUAGGAGGCUCAAUGACAGGGCAGGAAAUCUGCCUUUUAAGAUUCGUGACUGGCUGGCUGUGAGGUGUACCAAGGCCUACAGUCUCUAGCUGACGACAAGCACCCCCUCCCAGCAGAGCCCUCCCCAAAGCACCGGAUGUGGCUGUUGACAGACAUAGCGUGAACCAAGUGGGGACCGUCGAGGUGCCCCACCCGCCCUGCAGCUAAGAUGUAUUUAGGGGAAGUGGACGGCAGUGGUUUCCUUGAUGAGCCACAGACAUUUCGUCCAGUCCUCUCGAAACACUGCCUGGUGUUCUAUCUGUAGAAGAUGAAACAAACACAGGGCACAUGUGCUCAGCUCCAUCCACCCCCUAAAGGCACCUUGCAAGUUGUCCGUGGAGAUGGCACUUCACUGGGGACUGUGCUCAUAUUCCAUUGCCCCUCUGGCCAUCAGAUGGUGGGGUCUGGCCUCCUUACUUGCGCCUGGAAUGGGAGCACCGCUGACUGGUCUUCAGGAAGCCCUGUGUGCAAAGCUGUGCCGCCGCACGAGACCUUUGGCUUCAAGGUGGCAGUGAUCGCCUCCAUUGUGAGCUGUGCCAUCAUCCUGCUCAUGUCCAUGGCCUUCCUCACCUGCUGCCUCCUCAAGUGUGUACAGAAGAGUGAGCAGCGGCGUGCUGACAGGACGGCUCAGCUGUGGUACCAGCUGAGAGGCGAGGACCUGGAGACCGUACAGGCUGCCUACUUGGGCCUCAAGGGACACAACCACAAUAACAGCAGCAGCGUCGGUGGUGGCAGUGGUGGCUCCAGUGGUGGUGGCGGCAAGCCAGGGAUUCAGCACAGCCAGGCUCACGACAACCACAGCUUCACCACAGACCUCAGCGACAUCAGAGAGCAGCCUGUUGUGACCCGCAGUGGGGACAAAGACCCUUGGACUUUCAAGAUGGGAGCUCCGAGCCCUGGUGGCUCCUCCAACUCUCCACGCACCUACGUGAUGGUCCACGCAAUGAACUCUGCAGGGCUGGCCCCUGGAAAUCCCACGAGGCCCAAAGCGUACCUUCCAGGGUGACCCCACUAGCCAGAGGCCUGCAACUCAACAUUUGUCCGGCUGGAUGUCGACCAGGGUAGUCACCUCCAGGUAUAGGAGGCCUUUGGGAGCCUAGCUGACGUUGAAGGCUGGGGCUCCAGUGGGGAACAGUCGUUCCUGGAGGAGACCUCUGUGGCUGUUACGGGACCUGCUCAUUGAACUGCUACUGGGGUGCAGUCCCAAAGAAGUCAACACAACCAGGGUUCUUCUUAGAGAGACAGACAUUUUAAGCAGAUAUAGUUUUGCGUAGUAGACUAUGAAAAUAUUAAUAAAGUACGAUCAGCACU